GGUUUGCACAAAACGAGACAUAAAUUCAAAACAUUUGAAACAUUUUUGUGAAUGAAUUAUAUUUUUAAUUAUAAUAAUGUAUUUGUUUUGUAAAUCAUGUCUUAAUAGCGAAAUACAAGUCAUCACAAGAAGACAUUUGUUGUCAAAUGUGGGCACAAAUUGGCAGAAGAGGUGUCUGUCAUGUCAUGCCUUUCGACCACUUCUUGUGAAUAAUCGGAAAAAUGCAAAGAAUUUAAUGUUAUAUUCAAUACAUAAGCGAAAUAUGUUUACAGCCGUCAGACUCUUGAGGAGUGUCCUUAAGAUCAGAUACAUUAUCGUUGGAUCCGCUGUUGGCGGCGGUCUUCAGGCUUCCAGAAAAUAUGAAGAAUGGAAAGAAAGUCUACCGAAGUUUGAAUGGAUUAAAGACUUGGUCCCAGACAACGGCCAAAUGGGGGCCAUUAUGUCUAAUCUGAUGGCAAUGAGGGAUAAGUUGACCGCUGAGGACGGGUUGAUGUCUAAAUUGAAUGCAAACGCGAACCAAAAGAUUGAACUUUUAAAACAAUGGAUAGAAGAGGCAAAAGAACAACAGCAACAAAGGGAUCAGUCUUCAGGUGACGAAAAGGCUCGCAUUCAACGAUUACAAGACGAGUUGAUCACUGUUCAGCUCAAAUACCAGAAAGAGAUCGAAAGACUAGAGAAAGAGAACAGAAAUCUAAAGAAAACGGUUUUGUUGAGAGGAAAACAGAAUAAUUCUGUUCGUAAAGUCAAAAAGUCUUUAAUUGAUUUAUAUUCGGAAGUAUUGGACGAAUUGAGUGAUUAUGACUCCAAUUAUAAAACUCAAGACCAUUUGCCACGAGUUAUAGUGGUUGGGGAUCAAAGUUCUGGGAAGACUAGUGUUCUGGAGAUGAUAGCGGGCGCGCGAAUAUUCCCUCGCGGGGCAGGAGAGAUGAUGACCCGAUCGCCGGUCAAAGUGACCCUAAAGGAGGGCCCCUAUCAUACGGCGCGUUUCAAAGACAGCUCUCGAGAGUUUGAUUUAACAAAACAGUCAGAAUUAGCAGAUCUGCGACGAGAAGUGGAGAUCCGAAUGAAGAGUUGUGUGAAGAAUGGCCGCACUGUUAGCAGUGAUGUGAUUGCGAUGACAGUGGAGGGACCGGGCAUUCAACGCAUGGUUUUAGUUGAUUUGCCCGGAAUUAUAAGCACUGUUACCACCGAAAUGGCCGAAGACACCAGAGAUGCCAUUAAAGCGAUCACUAAGACAUAUAUGAGUAAUCCUAACGCUAUAAUACUCUGCAUUCAAGACGGUUCGGUCGACGCCGAGCGCAGUAUUGUUACCGAUAUUGUCAGUCAAAUGGAUCCAAAUGGGAAGCGAACUAUAUUUGUGUUGACAAAAGUAGAUUUGGCCGAACAGAACAUGACUAACCCCUCGAGACUCCAGAAAAUACUGGACGGAAAACUGUUUCCAAUGAAAGCGUUGGGAUAUUUUGCUGUCGUCACCGGACGCGGCAAUAGAGACGACACCAUUCAAGCCAUUAAGGAAUAUGAAUCACAAUUCUUCUCCAACUCUAAGCUUUGCAAGACUGGUAUUUUGAACGGUUCUCAGUGUACGACUCAGAGUCUUAGUCUCGCAGUUUCUGAAUGCUUUUGGAAAAUGGUUAAGGCGUCUGUUGAACAACAGGCCGACGCUUUCAAAGCCACACGUUUUAAUUUGGAGACUGAAUGGAAAAACAGUUUUCCUCGACUCAGAGAACUCGAUAGAGACGAACUGUUUGAGAAGGCAAAGGGAGAAAUACUGGACGAAAUCGUUAACUUAAGUCAAUUGAGUCCCGUUUACUGGGAAGAAGUGAUUUCUAAGAAGCUGUGGGAAAGAGUGGGCUUUUAUGUGUUCGAACAGAUCUAUUUACCGGCCGCACAAACAUCAGAUUCCGGUACAUUCAACACUCAGGUGGACAUAAGACUGAAGCAAUGGGCGGACCAAACACUGCCCAAUAAAUCAGUUGAUGUUGGCUUUCAAACAUUACAGGAAGAGUUUAAUCGUUUGAUUGAGAAGAAUAAGUCCCUCAAAGAACACGACAAUAUUUUUGACUUUCUUAAGAUAUCAGUGGCUGAAGAGUCCAUCAAAAGGCAUUCAUGGGAAACA